GCAGUAGCAGCAGCAACGGAUAUUCGAAAUUUUAACCGGAACAAAUAUUCGAAUUUCGAGUGCAGUUAAUAAAACAAAAUAUAAUAGUUACGAAAAUUUUCGACGAAACCAAUUUUAAAAAACGAAGUUUAGUUAAUAAAAUAAUUAGAAAGUUGCAGGGAAAUACAAAAGAAAACAAAACGAAGAUUUAGAAAGAAUGUCACAAGUCAAAGACGAAGAUGACAUCUACCACGAAAAAUUACCGAAUGUUUGUGAUGCCGUCAAGAAAUCGGCGAAAAAUUGUUGCACGCCAGCCACAGCAAAGAAGUUCCUUCCGAUCAUAAACUGGUUGCCCAAGUAUGAAUGGAAAUUUCUUAUACAAGAUUUUGUAGCGGGUCUAACAGUGGGCCUUACCGCCAUACCACAAGCGAUAGCGUAUGGCACAAUAGCGGGACUAAACCCACAAUAUGGUUUAUAUUCGGCAUUCAUGGGUUGUUUUAUUUACAUCAUAUUUGGCACUUGCAAGGAUGUUACCGUUGGUCCCACCGCUAUUAUGGCGCUCAUGGUGCAAACAAAUGUAGCCGGCAGUGCCGAUUAUGCAGUGUUACUCUGCUUUCUAUCUGGUAUUGUCAUACUGCUAAUGGGUAUCCUAAAUUUGGGCGUCCUCGUACAAUUUAUAUCGAUACCAGUGACGACAGGCUUCACCAUGGCUGCAGUAAUAACAAUAGCCAGUGGACAAAUUAAUAACCUGUUUGGUAUACCAAGUUCUUCCAAUGAAUUCAUCGAGUCGUGGGUCAAUUUCUUCACACAUUUAAAUAAAAUCCGACGUAAUGAUGCUAUACUGGGCGUAGUAACAUUAAUUGUGUUGAUACUUAUGCGAAAAGUCAAAGACAUACCCUGUUCGUGCAAAAUGCUGACCCAGUACAUCUCAUUAUCUCGAAAUGCGCUGGCAGUCAUUAUAGGAAUUAUACUAUGUUACACGCUCAGUGACGACAAUUGGUUGGCGUUUACCGUGAGCGGCGAAAUUGUACCAGGCAUUCCAUCAUUUAAGUUGCCACCUUUUCAUACCGCAGUGAAUGGCACAUAUGUUGGUUUUGGCGAGAUGGUACAGGAACUGGGCGCCUCGCUGGCAUCGAUACCUCUAAUUUCGGUGCUCGAGAGUAUUGCUGUGGCAAAAGCAUUUUCAAUGGGACAAAUUGUGAAUGCCUCACAGGAAAUGAUAGCACUGGGUAUCGCCAAUAUUAUGAGCAGUUUUGUCUCAUCUAUGCCUAUUACAGGCUCAUUUACGCGUACAGCAAUCAAUAAUGCGAGCGGUGUUAAAACUACACUUGGCGGUGCUUUCACCGGCAUUGUGGUUUUGAUGACUUUGGCGUUUCUUACAAAAACUUUUUAUUACAUACCGAAAGCCACGCUGGCUGCCAUUAUAAUUGCCGCCAUGUUAUUCAUGGUGGAGUAUGAAAGAAUUGGCGAAAUUUGGCACUCAAAAAAGUUGGAUAUGGUCCCUUUUCUAGUUACACUGCUUGUUUGUGUGUUUUGGACACUGGAAUAUGGUAUGGUUUGUGGCAUGGGCGUGAAUAUGUUGUUCAUUUUGUACAAAAGCGCCAGGCCUAAAAUAGUCAUUACAACGGAAAAGUUGCAAAAAGACAUUGAAAUCGCUGUUGUGGAUGUGCACGAAAACUUAACCUACUCCUCGGCGGAAUAUCUGAAAUCAAAAGUUGUGAAAUACGUGGCUACGUAUGGGCAGAGCAUCGAUAUGGUAGUAAUAAGGGGAGAGCAAAUAUACACAAUUGAUUCUACUGUUGCGCUGAAUAUUCUUGGGUUGAAAAAAGACUUGGCUGCUCUAAAUUGUGAAUUGGUGUGCUGGAAUUGGCAAAUAUCUUCGGCUGGCGUCGUUUGUCGCUUGCAUCACGACGCGCGCAGCAUGUUCAAAUUUAGCAAAACUCUACAGGAGAUUGUGACGGGAGAAAUACAAGAGAGUACAACAACAAUACAAAGUGAUUGUAACUCAACUACAAUACCGUUAUAGUCGAAAUGUAAAGAUGUUUUAACUUUAAGUUAGUUCCAUUACCAAAGGUUACUUUAAAGUGAUAAAACUCAAUAUAAGUUAGAUUUUUUUAAAAUAGAUUUGUAAAAUAAAAGACUGCUGGUAAG